AUGUCGGAACCACGUCCGACAACGCCCAACACUAAAGCGCCGCAAGGCGAUCAUUCGAAUGAAGCAAACACAGAGCAGGACCAGCAACCAGCCUCAGAAGUUAGACCAUCAAAGCUAGACCACACGCGAUCAACUGCAUCCAGUAUUGGGAGAUAUGUUACUGAUCACCUGGGUCUCUCUGGGCCACCGCGGCCAGAGAACGAGCGGCUGAGCAGACUGCCAACUGCGAUGCCGAGAUUGGAGACAGCUAGGAGCUCACAUACCCAGCGGACAGACCGUGGAGGUGUCACUCGCGACCCACCACAACGACCCGAGAAGUCGCAAGAGCAGAAGGUGGAAGUCGAGAAUGAAUACUUCAGGUUGAACCCUUGGUAUAAUCAACAGAAAGACAAGCCAGUUUUCGGAUUGGCAGCCCCCCUUCCGCGUACCGUUCGCAAGGGUAUGUGGUGGGGGCGAGGAGACUUGCAAAGGUCAUUGAGUAAGGAAGAGAGAGGUGAUGGGGAUGGUGUUGGGAGGCAAGAUGGACUUGAAUUCAAUGAUGGAAAGAGCUUCGAUCAUGAUAUCGAACCCCAGGACCCAUUCCAGACCAUGGCGAAUAGUAGCCGCAUAACGAGCACACACCGAAGACCGACCCACCAGUCCGAUGCAUCAUUUCAGAGCCCCGGAGCCUGGCAGCAGAGCGGAGAUAGGGCACCAGUAAACAAUCACGGUCUCGAAUAUGCCAAUGAUGGUGGACAGCAACAACAGUUUGGUAUGCAAGAUGGACUUCCGCCGCUACAAGAGUUAGACACGCAUCAAACGACCGCCUCAGAGAAAGAGGAAGCGGAAAUCAAAGACCACGAGCAGAAAGCUGAACAGGAAUUUUAUAAUCAAUACCGAAACCCAAUCGCCAGGCUACGCGCACAGUACCCACAAGCUCCAGCCGAGUUUCUCGCUACUUUUGUCUACCUCUUCAUCGGCAUCUGCGUCAAUCUUUCUGUUGCUACUUCUGAAAACUCCACUGGCAGUUUCGAAACGCAAGCCUGGGGCUGGUGUUUCGCCGUCAUGAUAGGAAUCUACGUGGCCGGCGGUGUAUCCGGGGCUCACUUGAGUCCCACAAUCUCCAUCUCUCUCUCUGUCUAUCGUGGUUUCCCUUGGAAAAUGGCCAUCGUAUAUAUUUGUAUGCAAAUGUUGGCCGGACUUUGUGCAGGAGGCUUAGCAUACGCGCUAUACCGCGACGCAAUCAUUGCCGUUGACCCUGGUAAGACUCUUGAUAAAACAGGCAGCGCGCUUUUCCCCAAGGGCCCCCAAUUCUCGACCUCGAGCGGCUUCUUCAACGAUUUCGUCUACAUGGCAGUAUACGUUUGCAUCGCAUUUGCCCUCGGCGACGACCAGAAUUCGCCGCCGGGUCAAGGUAUGACAGCCUUGAUCUUUGGCUUCACCGUCUUCGUCACCAUGAUUGCACUCGGCUACAACACCGGCUUGGGCAUCUCACCUGCGCGUGACCUUGGUCCCCGACUCAUCGCCAUGUGGGUGGGCUACGAGGAGGCAUUCGCCACAGGCUACUGGGCCUAUGGAAGCUGGGGUGCAUCAAUUAGCGGUGCGUUGGUCGGGGGGUUCAUGUACGAUUUGUGCGUGUUCGUAGGGGGCGAGUCGCCGGUAAAUUACAGGUGGCCGCAACCGGGGGAUAUCCAGUGGAAGGUUAGGGAAAGGAAGAAACAGGCGAGAGAUCAGAUUGAGCGAAUUGCAUAG